GGGGGGGGGGGGGGGGGACUGGUGUGAGUGACAGAGCACCAAAAGUAUGGAGUGGAACUCUCUGUUACUCCUCCUGGAAGCAGCCGAGUACUUGGAGAGAAGAGACCGAGAAGCCGAACACGGCUACGCGUCCGUGCUGCCCUUCGACAGCGAGUAUUCCAGGAAAAAAACAAAGACGGCCGCCUUGGCCAGGAAAUCUCAGAAUAACAGGUCUUCGCACAACGAGCUAGAAAAGCAUAGACGAGCCAAACUGCGGUUGUAUUUGGAACAACUCAAGCAGCUUGUGCCCCUGGGGCCGGACAGUACCCGCCACACGACCCUCAGCCUUUUGAAAAGAGCCAGGAUGCAUAUCAAGAAAUUGGAAGAACAGGACCGGAAAGCCCUGAACGUGAAGGAACAACUGCAGCGUGAGCAUCGCUACCUCAAACGCCGCCUGGAGCAGCUCUCGGUUCAAGGCAUGGAACGUGUGCGCACCGACAGUACCGGCUCGACCAUCUCCACAGACUCGGAGCAAGAAGUGGACAUUGAAGGAAUGGAGUUCACCCCAGGGGAAAUGGACAGUGUUGGGAGUGCCAGUGAUGCCGAUGACCACUACAGUUUGGGCAGCGGCUCCAGUGACAGCAGCUACUCCCACUCCCGCAGACUGUCGGGCCGGCUCUCGUAGGGCCCGAGCGAGCACCCCCCGACCCCGUCCACCUCCGGAGCAUCCAACUGAAGCACUUAGACUGAAGACCGAUUCCACCCGUGUCCACUGCGGCUCUCCCAGGAAACUCCAACCACUGGCCUCUGCUGAAGAAGCGGGGGCUUUGAACCCCUGGUUCCCUGCCCUGGGACCACACCAAGUAGCUCUUGUCAACCCCGGUUUUUACUGCAGAGAUCCGUGGUUAGGUACAGUUGUGACUUAAAGUUAGCUUGAUGUAGCUGUAACUAUAAUUUUUUUUUUAAAGUCAUAAUCAUUCCAUUGAAGAAGUAUUAAAUGUAAUUGCUGGAAACACGCAUGACGGUGUAAGAAGUUUAAUAAGAAACCAAAAGCAAACCAAAAAUCAGGAGAAUGAAAGAAACCAAGAGAGACCCCUUGGAAAUCUUGAAAAAUGACUGGACUUGUGGAUGCUGGGAUUGUAGGCCAGCUCCUCCCUGGGGGAGGAGUUUUCCAGCAGCACCUCCUAGCCUAUUAGUGUUCUGAAAGUUUUGUUUGCCCUUGAGAAAUGAUGAAUGGGUCGUAGCCAACUUAAGACUGUAGUAGAAACCCUUCCCACAGUUUUAAGAGUGGCAGAACCCCUCCCCUCCAUCCUACCCUACUUUAAUUUGCUCUUUAAAACAAGGUUUGCUCUGAGAUCUCUCCCCUAUUAACUAGUGACCACUGUGCUUCAGACUGGGUGGAGGGAAAGCCAGGUUAAAGAAUGACUCCGUAAGGGAUGUCAAGUCGCCUUUGGCUCUGUGUGUUCAGCGUGCUAAUGGCAGCCAAGCUCAUUCUGUCUGGGCGGCGGGGAAAGGGGGCCUCGGGAGGGAGCAGCCCCACUUCCUUCCUUUGAUGGCUGUCGGCUGAUCCUCCAGAGCUUGGAGACCUCAUGUUAGUGCCAGCUCUUGGAGAUGGAGGCCUGGGGGAGGUGGGUAGACCCCUUCUCUUUUUCUUUUUUUUGCAGCAGCCACUAUCUUUGGUGGGAAAGGCCCAGCUCCUAUUUCCAGUAUUCUCUUAGAGGACAAGUAAAUCAGUUUUCUCCUUUUGCACACCAUGUAACAGCAUUUUUCUCCUCUUUAAAAAAAUGCAAAAAAAAAAAAAGUUAUGCUUUAAAACAACCCAACUUAUAUAGCAUUUGUCCAGCUUUUCUGAACAUAUUUACCCAUGUUGUAGCAAUACUACAAAGAUGUAUUUUUUAAUACAAAUUCUGCUUAGUAAAGUCAUUAGGGCUUGGCUUGCUGGGUAAGAAAAAAUGGACCAGUCUUUGCAUUAGUAUUAGAGGUCUUUUAAAAAAACAAAAACAAAAACAAAAAAACCCAAAAAACAAACCAGAAAAAACAAAAAACAACAAAAAAACAACAACAAAAAAAAAAAAAAAAAGAAAAUGGCUAUAAACACUUUUAGAGAAGUGAUUUUUAGCAAGUGUAGUCUAUAUUUCCUGUAAGAGAUUUUGUAUUAUAUUUUCCUAAAUGUUCUCAUUUCCUUGCAUUGGGAGGGAGUGGUACAGACCCAGAGUCCCAGGGACUCUUCACCGUUGUCAUAUCGUGCCUUGGUGACUGUGUGUCCCUCUCUUUGCGUUGUUCAAUAGACAGUGAAACCUGGCCAAGUGAGUAAGUGGUUUCCUCUGUGGUCCUCCAUGUGAGCGGUUGGGUCUCCCUCAGCCUCCCCUCCCAGGAAUUAGCCAGAGCUGGAAAUGGGGAGAGUGGCAAGGGAGGGAGAUGAGGGUUCCCUUUCUAGCUCCUUUUCUUAAGCGCACACACAGCCCUGUUAUUGGAGUGGCUUAUUGAGCUGGGAUCUCUGAGACAGAAACUUACUGGCUUCUGAAACGAGAGCAUGUUACUGUACUGUAUCACAUCCUAGAACUUGUCACGGUGCUGCCAUCUUGGAUUUAUUAUUUUUUUUUGUAGUGUUUGAGCAAUCCUCAGAAUACUGACCCUUAGUCCUCAAACAGAGACCCAGCUGUUCAUUCAGCACCCAGUGUAUGUGAUCUCCCAUUGCUUUUACAGUACAGGAUGUAGAAACCUGAAGACAUUUUAUGGCAGCUUUUUUGUUUUUGUUUUUUGGAGGUGGGUGCCUCCUUGCUCUCACCACAGUGGGGAAUCUAGCUAAUGAGGAAAAGGUCCCCUUUGAGUUAUGUAACCUAACUCACAGGCACCCCUUCCAUCAGCUGGGGGGGGGUAGGGGGAAGGGCUCUGGGUCAUCAACUUUGGCAGCUGAUUCUGAAAACCAUUAACCUUUUCUGUGAUGCAGGAUAUUAUGUUCAAUAUACCUUGCAAAUGACUAAAAUCCUCGUUUGUCCGGGGAAAAAAUUUACACAGCAAUAGACUUAUAUUGUGGGUAGCUGAGAAACAGCAAAACUUUUACUAGCUCCUUUGGUGCCUCUAUAACUAAUUUCCAAAUCAUGGAAACAAAAUCAUGAGUUUACUUCAAGUAACACAUAAGACUGUUAGGCAGGUCAUCCACAGUGAGGUUUGGAUCAACUGUUGCUGUUCAUUCGUUCUAUAAUGAGCAUGCUCCUGAAUUGUAAAGUGUUUCCUUUCCUGAGACCCUCUUGCACAGAACCUGCUAAUAAAUGAAAUUUUUAAAUUAACAGAGGGAUGGGUGAGAGUUUAAAAAAUGAAUGUGAUAGUCGCUGAAUGCUAAUUUGAAACAGUCCCUUCCACACACAUCUCCUCUACCCCCAACAAGAAUAUGUAGACCCUGUUUUGGGGAGGUCUUGCAUACCCAGUUGUCCUAGCUUUCUCAGUAGUUUCACAAAUCCUGCCAAGCCCAGAAGAUAUAGGGCACAGGGUGUGUCUGUCCUUCUCCUUCUCAUUUCUCUCAAUGCCCAGUUGGUUUUCAAAGAGAGAGAUUUCCAAAGUUACUCAAUCCACAGCCCAUAUUGGAACUCCCAGGUCAUAUCAGGGCACAGCAACGUGGAGCAGAAAGUAUUUUUUCCCUCUUUGGAAGCUGGUUGGUAAUUUGGGCAAUGCCCCUGCUCCACCAUGAUUUGGCAACUGGGGUUCCCCCAAUUUCUUUGUUCUGUAGAUUUCUAACACUUUUGCUUAGUAAUAGUAUGGGAGAGAUGGGUCCAAUAGACAGUUCAGGAAUGACUUGUUGGGCUUGAGAUUUUCUAGAAAUAAAUUUUUUAAAUGAAUAUAUUCAUUAGUCUGGCAUUUGGAAACUAAAUAUAACUCAUCAUAUACUCUCUCCCCUUUGCCCAUAUUUGCAAGUAUAGUCAAUACCACUUACUGUUUAUGUGACUUCAGGAAACUCAUUCUACUCUUAUCUGAAGAACAGUAGAACUGAGGACUCCAAGACCUCAAAAGAUUUCUUCCAGUUUGAAAAUCCUAUGACUCCUUUUUUUUUUUUUUUUUUUUUCCUGGCACUGAGAAGGAGGGACUGCCUGUGGAAAGAGUAGCUUGGUUUCAAAUAAAGCAGUUUAAUUUCACCAGGACACUUUCAUACCAGGAUCUGUCAUGAGCUGGGUUAAACCAGCCUAGGAGAGGAAGCCCCAUUGGCUACAAAGGCUUUGAGGUUUCACAGCCCAAACCAUCCCUUACUUGUCCAUUCAUUUCCAGAGUGUUAUCUAAAAACUGUCAUUUGCACAAAUGCUAGAAAUGGUGGCCAGGAGAGUGACUGUCAGCAUAGCCCAACUUCUUUGAAUAGUUUUAUACGGCAUGGCUGCAAACUCACUUCAGUGAAAUAUACAGGUGCUCAGGACACAGAAUUUUCAGAUUUGAUAAUGAAUCAUGUCUGCAUUUAAAAUGUAUUUUCUUUCUGAUCAUUUUUUACCAAACUCAUUUAUUUUAAAUCAAUGAACCAAAUUAACAAAGCCAUGUGUAAGAACAUAGAGAGAUUAAGACCCUUCCAUGCUCACCUCUCUUACCCAUGUGAAAGGAGGUCUGGGCACACAGUGAACAAGGAGGCUGAUCGGACAGUGCCCCAGGGCAGAUCCCACUGCCCUGAGCAUAGUCUGUGCUUACUCGGAGUGUUCCAUUUUCUGGUUUCCUUAAUCACCACCUACUGUCGUCUUCUUCCAAAAUAUUUUCUCUGGAUAAAAUAGAAAUCCCCCUAAUUGCCCAAGCUUCAAUCCAGGGAGCAGUUACCACUCAUCGGCCAUUUGGAUCUCAGAUGUCAAUAAAGGAAGGCCCUCAGAUGUGAUCUUUAGGGAAUCUCUUCCCAUGGUGGAUUUUGGAGUCAGAUAGUGUAAUAAUAUAGGAUUCUUCUCCCAUCUUUUCACAUUAGGCUAUCCUGGAGAGGGGAAAGUAAGUCUAACUUAGAUAUCUCACUUUUUGUUUUAAAGGUGGUUCCUUUUGGAAGGAAGCUCAUGAUCAGUAUAAAAUCUUGUUUACUCCAUUAUCCUCCCAGGGCUUCUUUUUUUGCUACCCUUCUUAUGAAGGGGAGUGGGAUCCAGGGAUAAAAGUUAGUGGUUGUUGUGUCCCCAUCCAGGUUGGACUAAGUUAACUCUUGAGGUUCCGUCUAGCUUCAAAAUCUUGGGUUUCUAUGUGAGAUACAAGGAAAAUCAUCUUCCAGUCAGGUCCCUGAAAAAAAAAUGUCAGUGGAGAUCCCAUUUGGCCAGCUUGGUUAGUGAUAUAGCUUUCCCUAAGGACACUUUUGCUGACUCCCACCCCACACCUAUGUGAAGGGUCCUGACCAGUCCUUCGUCCUCCAAAGCUAUGCCGUCUCAUAGGUAUAAAGGAGGCCGCCAGAAGUCAUCUUUGAGGCUUCUGUGGAGAGAGGGGCCAAGUUGAUUAAGGAGCCACACCAGAGGUGCUGUGUGGAGUGGGGGAAAGACGAGAGGGAAUCACGUGACUGGGGAUUUCUUGAGGUGCCCUGGGCAGGUUCUGUGCCAGAGAUAUUUUGAAUAUGUACCUGAAAAGGAACGCUUUGUAGGUGGCAAGAUGUAUUAUAUUGUAAAGAUUCAUUUGUACACACGUUCCUGGUGCUUGCUGCUGCUAGCGGCUCUCACCAAAGGUAUUGUGUUGUAUCUGUCUUUCAUUGUAAUAUAAAUACAAAUUUUUAUACCUCAUA